GGGAGAGCCACUGUUGAUAGUAGCAGCGCACAUUCUCAGUCAGUGUGACAUGCGUUUAGGUUGUUAGUUUCGCAGGGGCUGUAAUUGCGAUUUCUGUUUGUACUUAUCUCCAGCAUUUCCUAGUUGGCACUGGUGUUUACUGGCAAACGGACGUCAUUUGCAUUGGAACUUCAAAGGCGGAGUGUUAUAAUUUAGUGCCUAGGCUACGUUAUAAAAACGACUUCUGUGGCUGAGAGCUCUUUUUGGAGAGGGAACAUGGCUUCAAAUGGAAUAGAAAGUAUGCAGUUAGCGGAGGACCAGAUCAAAAUUCUGGAGGAGAAUUUCACCAGAGUCAGCAAGCAUCCCGAUGAGUCGACGCUCAUGUUAAUCGCAGCUGAAAGCGGACUAACGGAGGAAGAGACAGCGAAAUGGUUCAGGCUACGCAACGCACAGUGGAGACAGGCCGAGGGCCUUCCAGCUCAACUGGGAUCAGUGAAAGACUGAAAUUGGAGUGGUGUAGGAAACCUCCCCCUCACCCCAUCGCUUCUCUGAAUGAUCCGCCACGCCCUUACUGACCAACUCCCAGGACACAUCAACCAGUCAUACCUUCCUUCCAUCAUUCUCUCUCUUUUGUAUCUAAGCUAUUUUCAUUUAGUGAAUGUGUGAAGUGUAAUGCGAGUCAAUGUUUUUUUGCCAAUAUAACCGCCAUGUUUACAUAUAAUAAUAAAUAAACAAACAUAUAU